AUGGCUUCACCCCUUCGGGGAAAGCCCGCUUCGCCCCGGGUGGAGACCAUUCGCUGCAAGGAGACGUCGACAGUUCACGUGGAGACAUCGUCCCACCGAGUGGAGACCUCCUCCCGGCUGGUGCGCACGACUUCCCGGCAGGUGGAGACCUCCCAGCGCCGCAGUGAGGGGCUCUCCCAAUCCCCCUCUGGGAAGCGGCUCCCUCGCGUCCUCGAGGUGUCCUCCCAGCACGUGGAAACCUCUUCGCAGCGCACAGAAACGUCCUCCCGCCACGUGAGGGCCUCGUCCCAGCGGGUGGAGACAUCUGUGCACCGCGUAGAGAGCCCUCCCCGGAGGGCCAAGCCGGCAACUGGCCAGAAUGUAAAAAUGACCCGAUGA